AACCCAGUCGGUAUGCGCUUUGUUCACAGUACGACCUGACAGUCAGUGACGUUAGUCGGGGAAACAGGAGCACUCCAUAUCGUAAGAGAAUCCAGAGACACUUUUUGUAACGAUGACUACCUACGUGGCUGUGACUCAGCCUGUCGGCCAGCAGCAACUGGUGUCGAUGCAACCAGCUCCCGUUACUUUCAGCACGGUGAACCCUCAGCCUCGAAGUGGUGCCUGGAAGGGUAUUCUAUGGACAGGAAUAAUUCAAGUGGUUUUGGGUUCCUUGACAACCAUUCUGGGGAUUGUCACCCUGACAGUAUUUGGCCCUGUGUACCUGUAUCUUGACGUCGGAUCCCCAGUUUGGUGCGGAAUCUUGUUCUAUGUAGUCGCUGGAAUCUUGGGGACAUUGUCUGGAUGUAAGAAGAGUUCCGUUGUGGCUAUCGGCUACAUGGUUAUGUCCAUCUUGGCUUGUCUGGCUGCGUGCUGCGUCAUUAGUUUUGGUGCUUACAUGAUGGCAUUCGUCAGUUCAUGCCAUCCUGGGGUUACGUUCUUGACUGACCUCUGUGAUUUGAAGGCGGCUGUCAAUGGUGUUUAUGGUACACUGAUAAUUCUCGCCUUAGCGGAGUUUGUUGUCGCCAUCGUCGGUGCUAGCAUGACAUGCGGUCCACUCUGCAAUGGUGGAUCAACAACUCAGACAGUGAUCCAAUACCAAGCUGUUCCACACGUGGUGGCUGCUCCUCAGCCCCAGGGUCCGGUCUUGUACAACAUACCCACUGGCCAGCCACAAGUUGCCUACCCAGCCCAGCAGGUGCAGUACCCACAGGCUCAAGCGCCCCCAACCGGUGCAAGCAACAGUGCAAGGAUCUCAUUCAGUAGAUCAUAAAUGACCUUUGACCUGACGCAUUCAUGAUAUUCGGGGCUGGACUUGCUCAUAUUUAGCUGCACGUGGAUGCACGUGUACAUGAUGGAAAAUGUGUUGCACUUUCAAUGGUCAUGCACAUCAAAUGAAAGUUGGAGUUGCAUCAUUUCUGUAUAAAGUGCCGGUUAGUAAAUGAAGACUAGUAUAAAGGUGUUCAUAUAUUUACUCAAAAGCUGUUGUUACAUUACGGCAGUGUAUACAUUUAUAAUAAAAUUUACUAAUACAUUGUAAUGUUCCAUUCCCGAAAUCACGGUCUCGGCUGUAGACACUUGGCUACAUGUUUCGAGUUCCCAAAGCCAAGGUUUGGGUGAUUGGAUUGAUUUUUUUUUUCAGUCGCAUCAAAAAAGUUGAAAGCCAUAACCAAAGUCUUUGUGUUUAAUUUGUGCAUUCGAGACUUGCCCACGAGCUAAAGCCCAAACCAUAUAUAGUUGGCACUUUAAUAUUAAAUAAAGGUGAUGCCCUCGAACAAGGGUACCAGAAA